CCUCGAACUCUCCCAAGCCCAGGACCUUUCGAGCUGCUCACCACUGCAAUGCAGCCACGUCCUAAGUAUUUAAAUUUAAUCUCGCUUUUAGUCCGGUAACACAAGUAGCCCUGUGCUCAUUGAGGCGGAAUCUAGAACAUGGGCCUCCUUUGUGUGCCAGCACACCGCGAUACUUCCUCCAAUGGCGAUCCAUAUUAAGUCCCGCACUCACCCUAUUCACACGCUAUCAUCCUAUAAUAAGAUUAUACAUCCCUCUUUCUCCCUUUCUUACAUUCUUCGACUCCAAUUCUGCCACCGGUCGUCUACUCACUGGAUCACGUUUGUUAUCUCGACUGUCGCGGUGUUUUUAGGCCAUCUACAGUCUGGUUCUCUCUUAUCAAUCGCCAUGGUCCUCGCCAUGCCGCCAUUGUUGCAAGCAAUAUCGCUAUUUGGCAGGAGUAACGACAUGCCCGACCACGAACAAGUUUUGACAUGCCAUGGGAUUCGGUGGUGUUUCACAAGGCCUGCAGACUAGCAAUGACUCAUUCCGCAGCAGCCGUGCUUCGGCUUCCCCUGGAUUGGUUUAGACGGG